AGGAGCAGGAAGCUGCUGCACUGAAGAGGAGGAGGAGGAGGAGGAGGAGGAGGCGUCUGACACAGCUGCCCUACCUGAGCCACUAGCAGGGAAAUGGACACAUGUUGAGUGAUCUCCAGCAGCUGGAGGGAGGGCAAGAAGAGGCCAGCUGCAGCAGCGAGCAACCCGUGGACCCCUGGCUGGAGGCAAGCAGCGCUCCUUCGCAGCAGCUGCGAGGUUAUGCCACGCCUCAGACUUACUGGGUGCCUGCUAAUGAAAGAGAAGGGUUGAUAUUGGCCCAAACAUUGCAUGACGGCCCAUAGAUCAUAAACCAAGAUGGCAGCUGGAAAUACUGCUCCUUUGGGAGGCAUCUUCACUACUGUGCAACAGGAUGGUGAGGAUGCUGAGACGGCCUUUCCUGGCACAGAGGAUGAGGAGGAUUUGGAUAAGACCUUGGCUAUCGAACGGUUUGGUGACCUGAUCAGCAGGUCUGUGCUAAGAGACCAGGAGAAGCAAGGCCGCAGCUACUGCGAGAGCGACUUUGAAUUCCAUCGCCAGACAUCCCACCACAUUCAUCACCCCCUGUCCACCCACCUGCCUCCCCCACACAAGUCCCAGAAGAAGCUUCCCCACUCUGAUAGGAAGAAAAAGAAGAAAAAGAGAAAGCUAAAGAAGACCUCUGUACCUCCCUCCAAUGUCACCCCAACCAUCCAGGAAGAAGAGGAAGAAGAGGAGGAAGUGGAAUCUGAAGGAGAGGAGGCUCUAGAGAAGGAGAUCUCAGCAGAGUCUGAUGCUGAAGCGUCUCCCAAAGGGGAGUCUCAUAGCAAACCACGGGCAGAGCUGACAGAAGGAAGUGUUGAGUUCACUAUUGGGAGUGAGGAGGAGGAAGAGGAAGAGGAGGAAGUCCAUGGUAGCCCAUGCACUUUAUCAUUUCAUGUGGCAGAGGAAUGCAGUCACCUCUCCCCACUCCCAUGCCUCUCCAAUCUGCUGCCAGAGAAGGGACCUACCUCUCCAAAGAGCUUCUAUGGGUACAGAGAUAAUGUAUCUCGGGGAUGGGAUAAACGCAAACCUUGGAGUCAGGUGCCAAGUGGGCAGCGGUCAAAUUACGACCUGAAGGAGAGGGUGUGUAUCGGCAGCAUGACCGCCAUGGAGAGUGCCACAUACCAGCGAAUCCCCACAGAUGAGGCUGAGGCUCAGAUGCUGGCUUCUGCUGACCUUGAUGAUAUGAAAAGUCAUCGUUUUGAAGAUAAUCCAGGAGUAAGAAGGCAUCUGGUGAAGAAACCCUCCCGGAGCCAGACUACCAGAGCCAGUAAAAAGUCUUUGUCCUCACAAUCUGUCAAGAAAAAGAAGAAAAAGAAGAAGCUUGACAGAAAACCCCACGAGGUAUUUGUGGAGCUAAAUGAAUUAGUGGUGGACAAGAACCAGGAUAUGCACUGGAAGGAGACAGCACGUUGGAUCAAAUUUGAGGAGGAUGUCGAAGAGGACACAGCACGUUGGGGGAAGCCUCAUGUAGCCUCACUUUCCUUUCGCAGCCUUCUGGAGCUCAGGAAGACCAUUGCCCAUGGAGCUGUUCUGCUGGACCUGGAGCAAACAACAUUACCUGGUAUUGCUCAUCUGGUUGUAGAGACCAUGAUCAUUUCAGACCAGAUCAAGGCUGAAGACCGAGCCAACGUGUUGAGGGCCCUGCUGCUCAAGCACAGCCACCCCAAUGAUGAGAAGGAGGCAUUCUUCCCCCGGAACCAUUCCAAUUCCAGCAUGAACUCUAUGGUAGGAAACCACCACCACAACCACAACCAUGCAGUUGACACUUGCAUGCCCUUGAUGGGAGAAGAGCGCAUUGAAAUGACUGAGCCCAGAAUCCUCGACCCUGACCACAGAGAGAAAAAUAUGCACCUUCACAGCUCUGAUGGACAUCGUGGCAAAUACCUCAAAUUGAUGGAGAAGAUUCCUGAUGAUGCGGAGGCCACUGUGGUGCUUGUUGGUUGCGUUCAGUUCCUCGAGCAGCCAACAAUGGCUUUUGUCCGUUUAAAUGAGGCUGUCUUCUUGGAGUCAGUCCUGGAGGUUCCAAUUCCUGUCCGCUUCAUCUUUGUCUUGCUGGGGCCAAGCCAGUCCAACAUGGAUUACCAUGAGAUUGGGCGUUCCAUCUCCACACUCAUGUCAGACAAGCAUUUCCAUGAAGCUGCUUACAUGGCAGAUGACCGCCAGGACCUGCUCAAUGCUAUCAACGAGUUCCUCGAUUGUAGCAUCGUCAUCCCUCCAUCAGAAGUAGAGGGGAAGGAUUUGCUAAAGUCAAUUGCCACCUUCCAGAAAAUUCUACUGAGGAAGAGAAAAGAGUGGGACCAGAAGAAGUCCACCAAAGAAGGGAAUGUUCAGGAAGCCAAAGAGCUAUGUGAAGUGAAAGCUGAAGAGGAAGAGGAGGGCGAGGAGGAAGAUGACCCUCUGAAGCGUACCGGCAUUUUCUUUGGCGGUUUGGUGCGGGACAUAAAGCGCAGGUAUCCCAAGUAUCUGAGUGACCUCAGAGAUGCCCUGCACAGCCAGUGCCUCGCAGCCGUGCUAUUCAUCUACUUCGCUGCUCUCUCUCCUGCCAUCACCUUUGGGGGACUGCUAGGCGAGAAGACAGAAGGCCUCAUGGGUGUUUCAGAGCUGAUCAUCUCCACGUCAGUGCUGGGCAUGCUCUUUUCUCUGUUAAGUGCUCAGCCUCUCCUUGUCAUUGGCUUCUCGGGGCCCCUGCUGGUCUUUGAAGAAGCUUUUUACAAGUUCUGCCAGAGCCAGGAAAUUGAGUAUCUGACAGGCCGGGUGUGGAUUGGCUUCUGGCUCAUCGUCUUCAUUGUCAUCAUUGUGGCCGCUGAGGGCAGCUUCCUGGUGCGCUACAUCUCCCCCUUCACCCAGGAGAUCUUUGCCUUCCUCAUCUCCCUCAUCUUCAUUUAUGAAACAUUCUACAAGCUUUAUAAGGUCUUUACAGAGCACCCACUGCUGAGGUUCUACCCACCCUAUCAUCAAAGAGGUCUGAAUGCCAGCACGUUGCCUGCUGAUUCCGUGGUUCUUGACACCCAGAUGCAGCCCAACACUGCCCUGCUCUCCCUCAUUCUCAUGCUGGGGACUUUCUUCAUUGCCUUCUUCAUGCGCAAAUUUAAGAACAGCCGGUUUCUGGGAGGAAAGGCUCGGCGAAUCAUCGGAGAUUUUGGAAUCCCUAUCUCCAUCCUCGUCAUGGUUCUGGUGGACUACACCAUCACCGAUACAUAUACACAGAAGUUGAAUGUUCCCUCAGUACUGUCAGUCACAACCCCAGACAAGCGUGGCUGGUUCAUCCAUCCCUUAGGCAGCAAGCAGGCUUUUCCUAUAUGGAUGAUGUUUGCUUCUGCCAUCCCUGCACUGCUGGUCUUCAUCCUCAUCUUUAUGGAAACCCAGAUCACCACCCUGAUUGUCAGCAAGAAGGAACGGAAGCUGAUGAAGGGGUCGGGCUUCCACCUCGAUUUGCUACUCAUUGGUACAAUGGGAGGGCUCUGUGCCCUUUUUGGGCUGCCUUGGCUCACGGCCGCCACUGUCCGCUCAAUCACCCACGUCAACGCCCUCACUGUCAUGAGCAAGGCCAUUGCACCUGGUGAGAAGCCAAAGAUCGAGGAAGUGAAGGAGCAGCGUGUGACGGGAGCACUCAUCGCUGGCCUUGUUGGCUUGUCCAUUGCCAUGGGGAAUGUAUUGAGCCAGAUCCCAUUGGCUGUGCUGUUUGGGAUUUUCCUCUAUAUGGGUGUGACGUCACUGACUGGCAUCCAGCUAUAUGAAAGGCUUCUCCUUAUCUUCAUGCCCUCCAAGCACCACCCUGAUCAUGUCUACGUUGUCAAGGUGAAGACAUGGCGAAUGAACCUCUUCACAUGCAUCCAGCUAGCCUGCAUCGUGCUGCUAUGGGUGGUGAAAUCCACAGUGGCAUCGCUGGCUUUCCCAUUUGUCCUGAUCAUGACAGUCCCCCUGCGACGAUUCCUGUUGCCACGCUUCUUCCACGAGAGAGAACUCAAAGCGCUGGACUCAGAGGAUGCAGCACCAAACUUUGAUGAAGAUGGGCGGGAUGAGUACAAUGAACUUCACAUGCCUGUGUGAGCUAGCUAGCAUGUGUCUACUGGCCUCAGUUCUCCCUUGGCUUCAUGGGAUAGGCCCUCUUUCCUCAUGCUCUCCCUGAACAACAACCAAUCAGACGUGGCUUUGAACUGAUCACGGGCCCUGACCAACUGGCAGCUGUGUUGCAGCCCUUCAGGAAGCUCCAGGCCACAAGGGAAGCUUGGGCCAAGCAGAGCAAGAGGUGCUGCCUUCCUCUGGACUUACACAGAACAUGGGGCCAGCCACCAUCACCCACAUUCCCCCCAAACAGGCCCUGCUGGUGUUGUUGCUGUGCCAUACAUAGGCCAGAGUAGGUACCUUAGCCAGCUCUCAUUCGCCUCCUCCCCUCAGAAGACAAGCAGACUCCACUGCUUUGCCAAGGGGAAAACAGCAGCAGGCCAGCACAGAAAAAAGGAAGAGAGCAACUGGGCCCUCACCAGAAAUGCCAAGCUUGAUGCUGUUCAUGCAGAUCUAGCAGAUUCCUGAGAGGUGUGUGU